AUGCAGUCAGACAGCAUUGCCUUCUCUUCCCACACUAAACAAGAAACGCACAACUAUGCACACCUGACACAGCUCCUAUCACAGGUUUUUGUUGAUUUCACAGAGCAGACAUCAUCAGCUACAACGCCGGUACACAAUUCUGAGGACUCUCAAUCAGGCAUAUCUACAGGUAUCAUGGACCUUCACUGUCCUGUAUGUUUACACGUCGCCAUGUUUCCUGUGAAGACAAACUGUGGUCAUUUAUUUUGUGCUCCUUGUCUAAUAUUGUACUGGAAACACAGCUGCUGUUUGGAGGCUAUCAGCUGUCCUUUGUGCAGACAAAAGGUGAAUGUCAUGAUUAACCUGUUCAGUGAAAGCAGAUCAGACAAGAAACAUAGAGAAGUACUGAGCCACGUUAGAAACUACAAUAAACGCUAUUCUGGAGAACCACGACGAAUAAGUGACUACCUCUUUGAUGCACCUUUCUUCUUGCUGCUUUUGUUCCGGACUUUGGGAAACAUUGGCGGAUUGGUGUGGCUUUUUCUGUUAAGAGUGGCACUGUGUGGAUUCGGGGCAGCUGCAUCCUUAGUGUCUUCAUUAGAGACAAUGCCUGGACACUUCAGUGGGGCGUUAGGGCUUUUAGAUGACUUGGUGGUAGUCUUCCUUCUGCUCAUCGCCAUCAUUAACAUCCACCAGCAGAUGGGGCCAGAGAGGACAAGCAGGCCACACACAGUUGAACAAGGAAUCCUGUCUGACGUGUUAUAAAAUGGAGGGUGAAGGACACUGGAUAUCUAAGAAGCACCAUGAGAGACAAUGGAAGCGUGAAACAUAUUUCUGUAGCAUAAAUCGGACUUAAAUCAGGAGACUAUUUGCAUGAUGGUCAGCUUCCUAAUCCUGCUUGCUGUGGUCACUGAGUCAUAUUUUAAGGUGUAUGACUGUAAAUAUAUAUUUUUUUUCAAUGUACACUUAGAUAAGAAUCCAUCUGUGAUAUCUUUUUAGACACUUCUGAUGUAAUAUAAUAAAAUAUUUUUGUAUA